AUGACACAAAACGCCAACACCGAUAACUCUUUACCCAACGUCAUCUUCAUCGUCGCCGACCAACUAAAAGCAACGGCGCUCCAGAUGUACUCCGAGAUCGGUAUUCCCACGCCAUCCCUUGAACGAAUGGCCAGCGAAGGCGUCAUGUAUCGCCACGCCGUCACACCUCACGCCCUCUGCGUCCCCGCACGCGUCUCGAUGAUGACCAGCCGCUACGCCCACUCAACCGGUGCCCGCCGCAACGAAACCCUCAUGCCAUCCGGUCAACUCCACGCCUUCCGCAUCUGGAAAGAACUCGGAUACACCACCGGACUCAUCGGCAAAAACCACUGCUUCAUCGAGCAAGACGACCUCGACCUCCUAGACGUCCGCUGCGAGAUGUCGCACGGAGGAUUGUCCAGAACAACUACAAAGGCGAAAUCGCCGGGAACAAAGAGCCGAAGUUUCGGCUACGCGGUCACCGAUCACCCCAUCGAAGGCUACUCCAGCGCCGCACUCACAACCCAAACCAAAGCAUUCAUCGACCGUUUUGGCAGCUCGACCGACGACGCCAACCGCAAACCAUUCGCGUUGCUGCUCUCAUACCCCGAUCCGCACCAUCCGCUCGAAGCGCCUCGCAAAUACGCCGACAUGGUUCCACCCGAAAGCGUUGUCAUGCCUCCUCAACGCGCCGACGAGUACACCGACGGCACCAUCCCGACCCGCAAUCGCCAGCUCCACGACAUGCUCGGCGUCAGCGUAGACGACCCAGAACACGUCCGCAAUGCAAUGGCCGUCUACUUGGCGAUGACGCGAUUCGUCGACGACGCGCACGACAUGCUGGGCAAGGGCGGCGUUUUCUACGACUGUCUCACUCGCGUCCCGAUGCUCGUCUCAUGGCCCGCCGGCGGUGUACCAUGCGGCGCCGUCGACGACUCGAUGGCCAACACAAUCGAUCUUCUACCAACCAUCCUUCAACUGUCCGGCGUCGCAGACUUCAACGCGAACCCACCCAGCGAAGUCGGUGACGAACUCGCACCUCCCAGACCUCGAUUAAAUUGCGAUGUCGGUUCGGAUUGGAUCACGUCCGAGACCUUCCGCCGCAUCCAAGGCCGACCUCUGCCCACCGCGACCGAUUCACCUCCACGCUCCGCCACCUUCAGCGAAUACGGCACCGGUGGCACCGCACUGACCGAUGAACACAUCCACGGUCUGAUGGACAACGGCAAUCAAGGCCGCGCGCUCCUGAUGGAAACUCUCUGGAUCCGAGAAGCCGAAGGCCGCCGCCGCAUGGUCCGCACAAAGGACUGGAAAUUCGUGACCGAUCCAGGAAGCGACGACUUGGACGAACUCUACGACCUCAACGCCGAUCCGUGGGAACUCACAAACGUCGCGACCGAUCCCGCAAACGUCCCCGUCAUAUCCGAGAUGCGCGGCCUCCUCAUGGAGUGGGCCACCGAAACCGAGGACUACGAACCCGUUCCUCUGCCGACUACCCUCGGCCGACUCGUGUACAUCGCAUCCGAAGGCAGAUGGGGAACAACCCGCGGCUAA